AUGCAACGCUCUGGCCUCAGGCUUGUGCUCGCUGCUGCGCUGGCUGCUCUCAUGCUCUCAGCGUGUGCGCCCAGGGCCGCGGAGGCCCUGCGCCUGGCAUGCACGGAUCGCAGCUGCGGCGCCAACGCGAGGGCGGCGGAAGCCCUGCGCCUGGCAUGCACGGACCGCAGCUGCGGCGCCAACGCGAGGUGCCUCAAGAGCGUGGCGGGCUGGGCGGACUGCGUGUGCGACAGGGGCUUUAAGCUGCUGCCCAACGCCUCCUGCGCGCAGGUGUGCACGAGUGCGGACUGUGGGGAGAACGGGUACUGUGAGGAGGAGCAGGAGGGGCGCAGCACCUGUCACUGCAACACUGGCUUCACCAAGACCGCGGACGGCUGUGUUGACACGUGUGUGCUCCUGGAGUGCGGUGAGAACGGCCAGUGCGUUAAGGAUGAGGAGGGGGUGGCGUCGUGUGUGUGUGACGCUGGCUUCACCCUGCGAGACGAUGGCAAGUCGUGCGCUGAGAAUGCACCCAGGGCUCCACCCGUCGUCCUGCCACCUGCUGCCAGCAACCGCCGCUGCCCACGGGGCCAAGAGAAGGACGCCGAGGGCAACUGCGUUGACGUGUGCACGGUACGCAACUGCGGCCCCAACUCGAGGUGCCUGAAGAACGAGGCAGGCUGGGCCAACUGCGUGUGUGAGAGGGGCCUCAAGCUGCUGCCCAAUGCGUCCUGCACGCACUCGUGUGCGAUAAGGGACUGUGGGGAGAACGCCUACUGUGAGAAGGAGCAGGAGCUGGCUGUGUGUCACUGCAACUGGGGCUACGCCAUGACCGACACCGGCUGUGUUGACACGUGCAUACUGCAAGCAUGUGGUGAGAACGGCCGCUGUGUGAAGGACGAGGCGGGGAUGGCGUCUUGUGUGUGUGACGUUGGUUUCACGCUCAUGGGUGAUGGCAGGACAUGCACUGAAAAUUGCAUCCUUAAGAGGUGCCAGGCGCUCACGUCGGAUUGUAUGAAGUAUGAGGAUGGCACAGCGUACUGUGUGUGCAAGCCAGGCUACACACUGCUCUACGGCACCUGUGUUGGGCCGGCCACGUGUGGCAACUGCCCGUCCCUGGCCACAUGCACGCUGGUCUCCUCCACCAGAAAGGCUCCUUACUGCGUCUGCCCUGCUGGCUUUGGCAUGACCGCCACUGGUUGCGUCCGUGGCGCCCUUCCAACCGUGUCGUCAGCGAGUCUCACCUUCUACAACCAGCCGGGGUUUACCUUGACGCCCUACACCUACACCUUGCGUGUGAGGUACUCCGGAUGCACCAACCUGCCUUCGACAAUCGGUCUCAACGUGCGGUCAUACUGGCGGGUGGACCGGGCACCGGGAGGGGCGGGGCACUGCCAGUUUGUCAACGCGUAUCGCUUUGCCAACUGCGUUACGCAGGUGGCUCAGCUGCCUGCCCUCUCACUCUCCGGCAUCGCUGCAGCAAGUGUCUC